AUGGAACAAGAAUCUGACGAUGAAUAUAAAGCAAUCACCUCGGUACUAUCGUCAUAUUUCAACUUUCACAAUUUUCAAUCAAGCCAACUAGUUGAUCCACGAAUCAAAAAACAUGAAGCUCUAUCAAGUGAAGACCGACAAAUUCUACCAUGGUACCAACAACAUACUCAAUUUAUACAACAGUGCAUUGAAAUCAAUCGAGAUUUUUGCCAAACAUUAGCUGAGAAAAUUGGUCAAGAUUGGGGGAUUGAGCAGCCUCCUACAAAUUGGGCUAAUGCUUCACCGGAUCAAUUUGCCCAAACUGAAACAAUCUUGUUGCAGUUAAUGAGGGAGUGGAGUGAUCAAGGUGAGAAAGAGAGGCGGACUGGACAAGAUUUGAUAAUAUACCAUUUGAAUGAAUUGUUUCCCGAUAAAUUACAGAGGCAAUACGUGAAAGUCUUGGUACCGGGUUGUGGCAUUGGUCGACUAGUGUUCGAAUUAGUUAUGAAAGGGUACUGGACUCAGGGUAAUGAUGUCGAUUAUCACGCCUUGUUCGCCUCCAAUUUUGUUCUCAAUCAUUGCCAAUUUCCCCAUAAUUAUUCCAUUAUUCCAUUUUUGGCAACUUCGGCGUCGAAUUCAACUAGGCGACAAAAUCAGAUUCGACCAGUCACCAUCCCUGAUGUAUCACCAACAGCAGAGAUAAUCAACGCUAUGAAAAAUGAAAAUGAAAAGAAAAUCAGGGAGAGUACCAAUGAAACUCCACCUACAGAGAGGAUACCUUUUGAUGAGUUAAUGUCCAUCACAGCGGGGUCAUUUACCGAUUUGUAUGGUUCCGGUACCAAUAAUGGCAACCCGGCAUCACAGGAAAUACGUUCACAAUCUCAAGGUGAAUUUGACGUGGUGGUGACAGAGUUUUUCUUGAAUUCUGUACUGUCCAAUAUUAUUGAUUCCAUACGCACGAUUAAUAAUGUAUUGAAACAAGGCGGAACAUGGAUCAAUUUUGGUCCUUUACUGAUAGACGAGAGAAUCAGAAGCAGUAGUGACAGAUUAGAUCUAUCCCGAGAUGACUUGUUUGAAUUGAUUUCAAAAUUGGGGUUCGGCUUCUCCACCAAAGAGUCAGGUAUCGAAACAACUUACCUCGAAGAUGCCAAACUGAUGAAUACAUCUAUUUACAAAUGUGAAUUCUGGGUCUGUACAAAAAUAAACAAUAUAUAA